AGGUUACUAAAUCUCUUCGAGGAACAAUUAAUGAUAUUCAGCAAAAAAUUGGAAGACGUUUGUAUGAAGCUUGUCUUUCUGGACGUAUGCCAGAAAACAAUGAUUUAUGCCAUAAAGAUGAUCUUACCAAAAUUAAAAGAUGUUUGUAUGCCUUACAACGUAAUGGACUUCCUCCGAUUACAACUCACAAUAUUAUAGAUGAUUGGAAUGAUCCUGUUUUAAACUCAAUUAGACGAUGUAACCUAUUCAAUACAACGCAGGAUCGUGUUAAGAUUGUUUUUCAUCCUGAAUUUUUGUCAUCAACAAAUCCACUUUUUGGACUCGACUACGAAGAGUUUGUACGUGGGUGUCAUUUAGGAGUGUUUCCGUCCUACUACGAGCCGUGGGGCUAUACUCCAGCUGAAUGUACUGUUAUGGGUAUACCAAGUAUUACAACAAAUUUAUCUGGAUUUGGAUGUUUCAUGCAGGAACACGUUGCAGAUCCUAUGAGUUAUGGGAUUUAUAUCGUAGAUCGACGGUUUAUAAGCUUAGAAGCAAGUAUACAGCAACUUGCUCAGUAUAUGUUUGACUUUUGUCGACUUAAUAGACGACAGAGAAUCAUACAAAGAAAUAGAACUGAACGGUUAAGUGAUCUUUUAGACUGGAGAAAUUUAAGCGUGUUCUAUCGACAUGCAAGACUCAAGGCUUUAAUAGAGGUUUAUCCUGAAUUGGUGCCUGAAUUCUCAGAAAUAAGCAUUAAACGUAUGAAUUAUCCAAAGCCAUUAAGUGAGCCGUCAUCUCCAUCAUCUUCCAGGCAUACUACUCCAGCAACGUCAGUUCACGGAUCCGACGACGAAGACGAUUUUGAUGAAGAAAAGGAAGUAAGUGUUAAUAAAGGAUGCGUUAAAGAUUUUCCGGAUCAGUUAGAUGCUUUGGUGACCCUAGAUGAGUUAGUUCUUAACCAAACUGGAAGACAUAGCGUCACAUUUGAAUCCGUGAAAAAGAAGGUUGUUAUCUUGCAGCCUAUGGUGUCCAAGUAUCUUAGCUGGAAUUCUCUGUGA